AUAACUAAUUUUCUCAUUUUCUGCCAUAGUUGGGGAUUCGUUGGCAUCAACUACUCUAAUUUUUUUUCGCAAAUUCAACCAACUAUACUGCAAUUGCACAAGGCGGCCACACGCCCUUAGCCACCUGCCCCUUUUGACCAUUCCAAAAAUCCAAAAAAUUCCCUCUCACCCCAUUUCAUCGAUCUCAAAUCAAAAAACCACUACUAAUUUCGUCAAUUCUUCGAAAAUGCAUGAUUUUUGCUUCACAAUCCCAUACGGGCUGGUUCUGAUAUUGGGCGGGAUCAUCGGGUAUGCCACAAAGGGCAGUUUGGCUUCACUGGGAGGAGGUACUGGUGCUGGUUUGUUGCUCAUUUUAGCUGGGUAUUUGAGCCUCAAUGCUUUUAAGAAGCGCAAAAAUUCUUACUUUGCGUUGAUUCUUGAGACGGUGACUGCAACUGGACUCACGUAUGUCAUGGGACAGCGGUAUAUGGAGACCUCAAAGAUAAUGCCUGCUGGAAUUAUUGCCAUGAUCAGUGCUUUCAUGACUGCGUUUUAUGCAUACAAGGUAGCAAGCGGUGGCAACCAUUUUCCAUCCAAGGCUGAGUAAUGAUAAUAUUAUACAAACUUCACACGGAAGUGCCCUGUUGAGCACCAAUACAGCACAUUUCUGUUGCAUACAAGUGACAUUCUUUUUUAUCCUAGUAUUGUGUAGAGAAAUUAAGAUCUCUGAUUUGCUUGUUUGUCCCUUCUUGUGUUAAAAUAUGACAAAUGUAUCCGAGGUUCUUAAUUUUCAUAGAAAUGGAUUCAUUACUAAUUGUCAUACUUCAGGAAUGGCUAAUUUGCCCUGCCAUUUUUACUUGUA